AUGACCAUACCUACUCUCCUUGACUACCCUCUACACGCAGCACCGAUUGCAGAAGAGCGUCUGCCGCUGCGUGGUGCGGAUCCCACACCUCUCCUUCUAGCCCUUGUCAAGCAGAGCUUUGAGCUUAUCAGGUCCUCAGAGGCAUGGCGCAAGGGCAAGGCUUACGGUUCAGCCGAUGAGCCUAUGAAGGGUGGCAAGAUCCUCACACUCUCGUGUCCUUCUGAUAUGGAGGGUAGACUAAAGAAGUGCGCAUGGCAUGCAAGAUUCAGCCAGCACAAGCCAGACGAGUGCAAGCUAGACUUUGACGAGUUCUUUGAUGGCUUGGGGUCGGAAGAGCACACUCCCAACGAGGGUGAAUAUGUGCCAGACAUUGUGGAAACACUCAAGAUCGAUACCAUCAUACCAGGUAGAGCCGAAAUCUGGAGGAACUCAUACCACCUCGGUGGCCCAUUGAUCUCGAACAGAGAUUUCCUCGAACUUGUGGUCACCAUUCCCCUUCCUCCGUCACCCGCCCCUUUCUCGCGUGCGCAUGAAGAGGUAGUGACCCGACAAAUCGCCACGACGCACCGCCUGGCCUCAGACCCAGGAGCGCCCUCUCGCGGCAGGCGGUCGUUCGUGGUGAUCUCCGUCCCAGUAUCACACCAUGCCGCUCCUGAGAGGAGCGACUUUGUCAGGGCAAAGUAUGCUUCCGUCGAAGGAGUAUGGGAGGGGCAGUCAUCUCAAGGCAGCGAACAGCCGCAGGUCGAGUGGUUCAUGGCCGUGCAGAGUGAUACAGCCGGCAAGGUUCCACUCAUGUUCCAAGAGAUGGCAAUGGCCGACAAGAUCAGACAUGACGUACCCCUCUUCUUCGACUGGCUGCGGAAGCGCAGGGAGAAAUCAGGCAAGAAGCCGGCCCCUAAAUCAAGCGCUCAAGCAAAUGCGAUGCCCAUGCACAUGGACAAGGGCGACAAUUCUCACCUCGAGAGCGGCAAUACGAGCCUCAAGGGGGGGUCUACUAGACCCGAAUCUCGUGUAGACUCUCAAGCCCCACCGGAGUCUUCCGUGGCAAGCGUAGGUCCAGCGGCUGCAGUGGGCACGACUGGAGCGCAGGGCAACGAUCAACAUGCUCCUCAGUACCCUGCUUAUGGUGACCAGACCGCCCAGCACGAGCAGAACGGAGCAUACGUCCCUCAACAGGAGAGCAAUCAGGAUUAUCCUGCUCAGAAUGGCUACGAAGGACAGCACGCCUCGCAGCACGAGAAUGUCAGUGCAGUAUCGGGUACUGGUGCUGAGUAUCCUUCUACUUCUACCGGAAAGUCUUCCGCCAUGCCCUCGAAGACUGUCCCAGCAGCAGAAGAAGCGUCAGUCGGCAAUGGCGCACCACCUCAUGCUGGGCAAGGCUCCUCCCAGCACCAAAGAAGUGGGGCUGCACCUCCCCUUUCCAGCAAUUACCUCAUGGGCAGCAGCAGCAGCAGCGGUGGUGGCAGCGGACUUGGCAAGGGCGUGAGCCAUGGCUCCACUGGCGAGCAGAAUAUGGAAGGACAGAAUAGCGCUGCGAAUGAGGGGUGGGAGGCCACGAGUGGGACUUAUGGUGAUGGGACGGCCCCCUCCCUCGAGGAGCAGAUGGCUCGACAGACCCAGGAGUACUCGACUACGCAUCAGCAAUAA